GCUGUCUUUGUAAUUUAUUAAGUGUGAAAAUUAAAGAACAAAAACAUCGGUUAUAUGCAUAAAAAUGAUGAAACUCGUUGAUCAAGUUGUCCGAAGCUUUAAAGUUGCCAAAGUAUUCCGUGAAAAUACAGACAAAAUUAACAGUAUAGAUUUUUCUCCUAAUGGGGAGACAUUGAUUUCAUGUAGCGAAGAUGAUCAAAUCGUUAUAUACGAUUGUGAAAAAGGAACACAAAUGAUUACGGUCAACAGUAAAAAAUACGGGGUCGAUUUGAUACAUUUUACACAUGCCAAAAACACUGCAAUUCACAGUUCCACCAAAGUAGACGACACAAUACGGUAUUUAUCCCUUCACGAUAACAAGUACAUUAGAUAUUUCCCAGGGCAUACAAAAAAAGUUGUGACAAUGUGUUUAUCCCCGGUUGAAGACACAUUUUUAUCUGGAUCAUUAGACAAAACAUUACGACUGUGGGAUCUUCGGUCGCCUAAUUGUCAGGGACUAAUGCAUUUAUCUGGAAGACCUGUUGCAGCUUAUGACCCUGAAGGUCUCAUAUUUGCAGCUGGCGUUAAUUCCGAGAGCAUCAAGCUUUAUGAUUUGAGGUCUUUUGACAAGGGCCCCUUUGUCACAUUUAAAUUAAACCAAGAAAAGGAAUGUGAUUGGACAGGUUUGAAAUUUUCCCGUGAUGGCAAAACUAUGUUAAUAAGUACCAAUGGGUCAAUAAUUCGUUUGGUGGAUGCAUAUCAUGGAACUCCACUUCAAACCUUCACUGGACACUUAAACAACAAAGGGAUACCUAUAGAAGCAUCUUUUAGUCCUGAUUCCCAGUACAUCUUCAGUGGUUCAACAGAUGGUCGUGUUCAUGUCUGGAAUGCUGAUACUGGUUACAAAGUAUGUGUCUUGAAUGGUGAUCAUCCAGCACCUAUACAAUGCGUACAGUUCAAUCCUAAGUUCAUGAUGCUGGCAUCAGCAUGUACAAAUAUGGCAUUCUGGUUACCCACAAUUGAUGAUGUUUAAUUCUUUAUAUAGAAAAAGUAGACCAAUACUUUGAAUAAUUCCUCCAAGUACCUAAUCAAUUUUAAUGUAUAUUGUAAUGUAUUACUUUUUUGACCAUUUAUAAACCUAAGUUAUGUAGUAAGUGUCAUAAACAAAAAAAUACUAUUUGUUUUAUUAAAAAUGAGGUUUAAUAUUAUGCUCUUACUCUUAGAUUAGUAAAUAGUUGUUUAUGUGGAUGCAUACAAUAAAAGUCACUUAGACACUAUGACCUUUUUGUAUUGAACCCAAUAAACUAUAAUAUCUAAAAGUAUAAAAAGACAAUAUGUAUUAAAACAGGACACAGGUUGUGUUUGGUACACAAUUAAAAUAGGGUUGUCCAUGGAUAUAGAUAAAAUAUGUAGUAAAUCUAUGAAGCAUAAUAAUAUAGGGAAUGAAGAUAAAAUCUAGAUACUGAAGAAAAUUUACUGUGAAACUGGUCUUUGGUAUGUCCAUAAAGUAGAACCAUACUCAUUCAGUCUUUUGGCCUGUGUUACAUUAUAUUGAAUUUGGUAUGUGGCGGCUUGUGGCUAUGCUCAUGGGUUUGUUGAAAUUCAUGAGUAUUGAUAACCAUUUACCACUACGCCUUUGAUGAAAAUCAGUUCAGAAAAUGAAACAUCAAUAAGAGCCAAGGCAAGAGUUAUACUAAACCUUAGGGCAGACCAACAAACUGGAGAAGCAAUUGGUCCAAUAAAAAAAAAAGAGCAAGAUCCCAACACACUUAUUCUAAUGUUGGAAGAAGGAAAAGGGAGAUCAAGAAGAAUCAUAACUGAAGGAGUUGCGAAAGGUGAAAACAAAGGAAAUUGUUAGAAAAGAUCUCUAUCAGGAGGCACUGAGUUCAUCUAAUAUAUAAACCUACUUCAGAAGAUAAUAUCUAUUAUUUAAAAUAGUCAAUAAAAGACAUCAUCUCAUUUUUCUAUUAGAAAACCCUCAGAUAAGUAGUUUAUUACUAUAGUGGCUAAGUCAAUUGAUAAACAAUUUUGUGACUUUAUUAUUCCGUGUUUUUAAAAUAUAAUACAUAAUUGUGCAACAGAAACUAAUGGAUAGGAAAU